CUCGUUCGUCGUUCAUAAGUCUUCCCUUUUCAGUAGAGAAUCAAAAUGAAAUACGCAGCGGUGGUUGUUCUUGUCUUCGGUUUUGUGAGCUUCGCAAGAUCCGCCUCAACUUACACUGAUAAGUUCGAUAAAGUGGAUCUGGAUGCUUUGGUCAAGAACGAACGUCUCUUCAAAACGUACGUCAAUUGUCUGCUGGACAAAGGACCAUGCCAGCCAGAUGGACUUGAAUUGAAAACCCAUUUGCCCGAUGCUCUUCUCACAGAAUGUAUUCAUUGCACAGACGCUCAAAAGGAAGGAACAAGAAAAGUAAUCCGUCAUCUCCUUCAGCACAAACGUGAAUGGUGGAAUGAACUGGAAGCUAAAUAUGACCCUAAGAAGGUCUAUGUAACCAAAUACAGGGACGAAUUGAAAAAAGAAGGCAUUGAACUAUAAAAUGUGAUUGAUUGUGAUUAUACGUAAUACUAUAUUUUGCUAGAAAUUUAUUUACAUGUGAAACUAAAAUGUGAUCAAUAAAAAUAAUAUGAGCAAAAAA